CUGAAACGCUUUGAAUUCAUACUCAGGAUGCCAUGCCACAAUCAGCAAGUGAGCAAUGUCAACAGCGGCCAGGAGCACCCAAUGAAGCAAGUGCGGUUUGCGAACAGCAGCAGCAGCAGCAGCAGCAGCGUACCUGCGGUGCUGAGCAACUCCGAGCCGAGCGACGCCUGUCAGGCUGAGCCCGUCAGCCAGCACAGCCUGGGACCUCAGCUCAAACUGCUCCCUCUCAACGACCAGAUCCGCGAAUUACAGACGAUAAUCAGAGACAAGUCAACCAGCAGAGGAGAUUUUGUUUUUUGUGCGGACCGAUUGAUCCGACUAGUAGUGGAAGAGGGUUUGAAUCAGCUCCCUUACUCAGAGUGCACUGUGACUACUCCAACGGGGUACAAAUAUGAGGGUGUCAAGUUUGAGAGAGGCAACUGUGGAGUCAGCAUUAUGAGGAGUGGUGAGGCCAUGGAGCAGGGUCUCCGUGACUGCUGCCGCUCCAUCCGCAUCGGGAAGAUCCUCAUCCAGAGUGAUGAAGAGACGCAGAAAGCAAAGGUCUACUAUGCCAAGUUCCCCCCAGAUGUGUACAGAAGAAAAGUGCUGCUCAUGUACCCAAUCCUCAGUACAGGAAACACGGUGAUCGAGGCAGUGAGAGUGCUGAUUGAGCACGGAGUCCAGCCCAGACACAUCAUCCUUCUCAGCCUCUUCUCCACCCCUCACGGAGCCAAAUCUAUAAUCCAGGAGUUCCCAGACAUCACCAUUUUGACUACAGAGGUUCAUCCAGUGGCUCCAACGCAUUUUGGACAGAGAUACUUUGGCACAGACUGA